CAUUCCUCCUGCAGGUCGGACGUGACAAAUAUGAACCUGCGGCGGUUUCAGAGCAUGGUGACAAGAAGAAGGCCAAGAAGGAGAAGGACAUGGAUGAGCUGAAGAAAGAAGUGUCGAUGGAUGACCAUAAACUUAGCCUUGAUGAACUUCAUCGCAAAUAUGGAACAGACUUGAGCCGAGGCCUGACCCCCGCACGGGCAGCAGAGAUCCUGGCCCGGGACGGUCCCAACGCCCUUACCCCGCCUCCCACCACCCCUGAGUGGGUCAAAUUCUGCCGGCAGCUCUUCGGGGGCUUCUCAAUGUUGCUGUGGAUUGGAGCUAUUCUUUGCUUCUUGGCCUAUGGCAUCCAAGCUGGCACAGAAGAGGACCCUCAAAACGAUAAUCUCUAUCUCGGUGUGGUGCUUUCCGCUGUGGUCAUCAUAACUGGCUGCUUCUCCUACUAUCAAGAAGCUAAAAGCUCAAAGAUCAUGGAGUCCUUUAAGAACAUGGUUCCUCAGCAAGCCCUUGUGAUCCGGAAUGGUGAGAAAAUGAGCAUCAACGCCGAAGACGUGGUCGUCGGGGAUCUGGUGGAGGUGAAGGGAGGAGACCGGAUCCCUGCCGAUCUGAGAAUCAUCUCGGCAAACGGCUGCAAGGUGGACAACUCUUCCCUCACCGGAGAAUCAGAACCCCAGACCAGGUCUCCGGAUUUCACAAACGAAAACCCCCUGGAGACGAGGAACAUCGCCUUCUUCUCCACCAACUGCGUGGAAGGCACUGCACGUGGCAUUGUUGUGUACACUGGGGACCGCACCGUCAUGGGGCGGAUUGCCACGCUGGCUUCUGGACUGGAAGGGGGUCAGACGCCCAUCGCUGCGGAAAUCGAGCAUUUCAUCCACAUCAUCACGGGCGUGGCCGUCUUCCUCGGCGUGUCCUUCUUCAUCCUGUCCCUGAUCCUGGAGUACACCUGGCUGGAGGCCGUCAUCUUCCUCAUCGGGAUCAUUGUAGCCAAUGUGCCAGAAGGCUUGCUGGCCACUGUCACGGUGUGCCUGACCCUCACCGCCAAGCGCAUGGCAAGGAAAAACUGCCUAGUGAAGAACCUGGAGGCCGUGGAGACUUUGGGAUCCACGUCCACCAUCUGUUCCGACAAAACUGGAACGCUGACCCAGAAUCGGAUGACUGUGGCCCACAUGUGGUUUGACAAUCAAAUCCAUGAAGCUGAUACCACAGAGAACCAGAGUGGUGUCUCGUUCGACAAGACUUCGGCUACCUGGAUGGCUCUGUCCAGAAUCGCAGGUCUUUGUAACAGGGCGGUGUUUCAGGCAAACCAGGAAAAUGUGCCUAUCCUGAAGCGGGCAGUUGCCGGAGACGCCUCGGAGUCCGCCCUCUUAAAGUGCAUCGAGCUGUGCUGUGGCUCCGUGAAGCAGAUGCGCGAGCAGUACGCCAAGAUCGUGGAGAUCCCCUUCAACUCCACCAACAAGUACCAGUUGUCCAUUCAUAAGAACCCCAACACCUCUGAGCCCCGGCACCUGCUGGUGAUGAAGGGAGCCCCGGAACGGAUCCUGGACCGCUGCAGCUCCAUCCUGCUCCAUGGCAAAGAGCAGCCGCUGGACGAGGAGCUGAAGGACGCCUUUCAGAACGCCUACCUGGAGCUGGGCGGCCUCGGAGAGCGAGUGCUAGGGUUCUGCCACCUUUCCCUGCCCGAUGAGCAGUUUCCCGAAGGGUUCCAGUUCGACACCGAUGAUGUGAACUUCCCCGUCGACAACCUCUGCUUUGUGGGGCUCAUCUCCAUGAUUGACCCUCCUCGCGCCGCCGUCCCUGACGCCGUGGGCAAGUGCCGCAGUGCUGGAAUCAAGGUCAUCAUGGUCACAGGGGACCACCCAAUCACAGCGAAAGCCAUCGCCAAAGGUGUGGGCAUCAUCUCAGAGGGCAACGAAACCGUGGAAGACAUUGCUGCUCGCCUCAACAUCCCAGUGAGCCAGGUCAAUCCCAGAGAUGCCAAGGCCUGUGUGGUCCAUGGAACUGACCUGAAGGACAUGACGUCCGAGCAGCUGGAUGACAUUUUGAAGUACCACACGGAGAUUGUGUUUGCCAGGACCUCCCCUCAGCAGAAGCUCAUCAUUGUGGAAGGCUGCCAGAGACAGGGUGCUAUCGUGGCUGUCACCGGUGACGGUGUCAACGACUCUCCGGCCCUGAAGAAAGCAGACAUCGGGGUUGCUAUGGGCAUCGCUGGCUCUGACGUGUCUAAGCAGGCUGCUGACAUGAUUCUUCUGGACGACAACUUCGCCUCCAUCGUGACUGGAGUAGAGGAAGGUCGUCUGAUCUUUGAUAACUUGAAGAAAUCCAUUGCUUACACCCUGACCAGUAACAUUCCAGAGAUCACCCCCUUCCUGAUAUUUAUUAUUGCAAACAUUCCACUACCGCUGGGGACCGUCACCAUCCUCUGCAUUGACCUGGGCACUGACAUGGUCCCUGCCAUCUCUCUGGCGUACGAGCAGGCCGAGAGUGACAUCAUGAAGAGGCAGCCCAGAAACCCCAAAACGGACAAGCUGGUGAACGAGCGGCUCAUCAGCAUGGCCUACGGGCAGAUUGGUAUGAUCCAGGCCCUGGGCGGCUUCUUCACCUACUUUGUGAUCCUGGCUGAGAACGGCUUCCUGCCCUUUCACCUGCUGGGCAUCCGAGUGGACUGGGAUGACCGCUGGGUCAAUGAUGUGGAGGACAGCUACGGGCAGCAGUGGACCUAUGAGCAGAGGAAGAUCGUGGAGUUCACCUGCCACACCGCCUUCUUCGUCAGCAUCGUGGUGGUACAGUGGGCUGACCUGGUCAUCUGCAAGACCAGGAGGAAUUCCGUCUUCCAGCAGGGGAUGAAGAACAAGAUCCUGAUAUUUGGCCUCUUUGAAGAGACUGCCCUUGCUGCUUUCCUGUCUUACUGCCCUGGCAUGGGGGUCGCCCUGAGGAUGUAUCCCCUCAAGCCGACCUGGUGGUUCUGUGCCUUCCCCUACUCACUCCUCAUCUUCGUGUACGACGAAGUCCGCAAGCUCAUCAUCAGGCGGAGCCCUGGCGGCUGGGUGGAGAAGGAGACCUACUACUAGCCCCGCCCUGCACGCCGUGAAGCAUCUGCUGCACACACACUGCACCCAUCACCCCCACCCCCCUUUGUGUACUUCAGUCUCGGAAUUCAGAACUCUACCCUGGUAG